GUGAGACUCGAUGAAUUUGAUGUACCAUCGAUAUUUUUGCAGCUAUCUGAGAAAACAAUAACAAAAAUUUGUUAAAACACAAUAAACAAUUAAUUGCGAUGCGUUGGCCGUAAUGGCAAGUAGUUCCAGCUCCGACGAAAGCUGCAAAGCCCCCGACAACUUCCGCAUAUCGAGUGCCUCCACGAACGGCGAGGAGGAUGAAGCCAACGAUGUCGCAGGAUACAUAACAAAGAGAAGGCCCACCGUCAAGGCAAAGGAGCCUCUAAAGGCCAAUAUCAAGGAUGCAGGUGUUGGCAUGCGAUGUCCGCUGUGCCACAGCUGCAGCACCAACCGUUACCACUGUCGAAAUUGCGUUAGAAACGGAAACAUUACUCAUAGCCAGGCAGAGAGGCCGGAAAGUUUAACGGAGAAGCAGCAGCGCUACAUUAAUCUGCAGGCGGGGCUUAAGACCUUCAGCAGCCGCUAUGAAAGAUUGAUCGAACAGCACCGUUCCAAUGAGAAUCGCUUGAUGGCUAUCAAAGCGAAGAGAAAGCAACUGGAGUUGAUCCACCAGCUGAUCAACAGCACGGGCCACAGGCUCCGCGUGUUGGGUGAGCGGCGUGAUGAACUUCGACGGGCCAACGCCGAAAAGCGCAAGAACCUGCCGAAGUAUCCAGACAAGGUUAAGAUGCUGGAAGACUACGUACUGGACAGAGUUGAGAAGAUUGACACUCUGAGGGAAACCCAUAGUCAACUCCUAGAUGGCAUUAAACAGGCAGCACGCCGCGGGAUCCAGCAACUGGUCACCUAUAUAUUCCCCAUUGCGGAAGUGGUCCUCAAGGAGGAGCAGCAACGCAGGGCCAGCGUGGAGCGCAGCGAAGAGGCUGAAACCAUUGCAGCCCUGGCGGAUGCUAAAAACACCUCGUACAUACGCGGCAAGUGGGUGUUCCAUGGCAGCGGAAUCAGCGAGGUUCAGUACCGCAUCGUCGGACCUUCAUUGCCGGCCAAUGGUGAUUACACCGCCUACCUGGACUGGCUUGCGGACAACAAAGACGAUGUGCCGAAGGCCACGGCAAACGAGAUUACGCCGAGCAGAUUCGAGGCCUACCGAAUUGUCGGCGCUCUUACCUACACGGCGCAGCUGACACAGCUGCUUAGCUUCUACCUGAACGUGCGGCUGCCGCACAAGAUUGCCUACGGCGACUUCUGUCGCAAGCUGCUCAACGAAGAGCAGUUCCGGCGCAAGAUAUCGCGUCUCAACUCUAACAUCAUGUAUCUGGCCUACACACAGCAAGUAAAAUUGCGUGCGCUCAACGAACAGCACACGUUAGAAAACCUGCUGGCUAUCCUCGAUCUGGAGCGCAGCGAUCUGGGACGAUUCGGGCAUCUGGAUGUUACAAAUGCGCCGCUCAUGAAAUCGGUGGACUCUCUACUAAUCGGCAUUGAAACGGCCACCGAAUCGGAGUCGGAGGACGAAAACUCCCUGCGCAUGGACUGGGAGGCGGUGCCAAGCCUCACUCCGCAGCCGGAGCUAGCGGAUCCCAAUCAAUUGCCAGCGGCCAACCAGCAGUCGACUAUCGCCUUCGUGCGCAUGGCGGCCACGUCGGUGCUGCGCUGGAUAAAGUGAUCCAAGGUUCUCCGGCGAUAUCAGGCACGUGUGUUAUCCUUUACAAAUUAGGCUAAGUAAUCGUUUCUGUGACAGCGUGCAGUAGUCGCUGGUUUUAGCGUUAUCUCUCGGUUUACAGAACUAACAAUUUUGUGUAGUUCUAUAUACAUAUAUGUAUAUAAAUACAUAUAUAUAAAUGUGUAUGUUGUGUAAAAGGAGCACCUUGGUUUUACUUUUAUUACAUAACUUACUUGCUUUAUUUAAUAAAAAUGGUUCUCUAUAAAUAAA